AAACCGCACUUCAUCACCAGGAAGAGGAGGGCCGAGGGAAACGACGGUAGAGAAAUUGUUGUGGAUUGUCCACACAAGUGUUGAGAGUUUCUUUUGAUAUUCAGAUAGUGCAGCGAGUUGCGAACCAACAAUCACCCGAGGUGCAUUUAUAGGAGGAUUUAGCCUUGUCGUGCACACGUUAGAGAUGUCGGUCGUGCCUCCCAAUCGCUCGUCCACCGGCUGGCCGCGCGGUGGUGCCGUUCAGUUUGGGAACAAAUACAUGAGCGGGCCUGCUAAACCGCUCACACUGGAGAGGACCAUCAACCUAUACCCUCUAACCAAUUACACAUUCGGCACCAAGGAGCCUCUGUAUGAGAAGGACAGCUCCGUGGCUGCCCGGUUCCAGCGGAUGCGGGAAGAGUUUGAUAAAAUGGGAAUGCGAAGGACAGUGGAGGGGGUUCUAAUUGUCCAUGAACACAGGCUGCCUCAUGUGCUACUGCUGCAACUGGGCACCACUUUCUUCAAACUGCCCGGGGGAGAGUUGAGUCCUGGAGAAGAUGAGGUGGAGGGUCUGAAACGUCUAAUGACUGAGAUCCUCGGAAGGCAAGACGGCGUGAAACAGGACUGGGUGAUUGACGACUGUAUCGGUAACUGGUGGCGCCCCAACUUUGAGCCUCCACAGUAUCCGUAUAUUCCAGCUCACAUCACCAAACCCAAGGAGCAUAAGAAGCUAUUCUUGGUUCAGUUGCAGGAAAAAGCGCUGUUUGCUGUCCCCAAGAACUAUAAACUGGUGGCAGCCCAUUGUUUGAACUGUAUGACAACGCUCCUGGAUAUGGACCAAUCAUUUCCAGUCUACCACAGCUAUUGAGCAGGUAUUGUUUAUGUCAUUGUGUAAGCAGCGGAAAUUGAACUGAAACACCUGUUUUUUUUUUCUUUCUGUUGACUGUCACUGGCUAAAUUAAAAAUUGAAGGGCUGGAAUCAAAUAUCAUUACAUGUAUUGUCUGUAAUAAGGAUCUGUUAUGUUCAAUUGCUGACAAAACCUGUAUCUGUAACUUUUCUAACUGUAACAUAAUAAACAUUUUAUCAACACCUGUUAACACAGUGAAACCACAAUGAAUAUAGAGACGAUUCAAGAGCGUUUUCAGAUAGUAUCCAUCCUUCUGAAGUGUCUGAGAACAACACUGAAGACUGCACCACAGCUUAUUUAUACUAGCCAAGAGGCAAAAUGAGACGUAUACCUGUACACAAAGUAUUUGCAGAUAAAGAUUGUACUUAAAAUGAACAAGCAUGCAAAGCAGUGUGCAGGAGUUUGUCACUUUAAUUCAAGCUGAUCAGCCCUCUGAUGCAACAGUCACACAUUCAGGUGUGCAGGGAUUUUGUUGUUGUUGUAUUUGACUUCAAAUUUGCUCAAAUGGUUUAUUACAAAGAGAUAAAUCAAUAUCGCCAUUGAUGGUGCUCAAGUAACUCCUCAGAGCAGGAAAUGACACCAGCAAGACUCCUGCAUGAACUCUAAAACUGAAAGGUGCCCUGUGGAGUUUUCCUGUAUGUUUACCUUAAGUGGUACUCACAAAAACUCAUUGUGUAUCCUUGAGAUCAAACAAAUGUGAUGAAUGCAUAUCCUUCGUCAUAAAACGUUUGCAAAGCAAGGUCAUUUUAAAAUCUGGUAUUGUUUACUUGCAAGCAGUUGUCUUCUUGUCUGCUUUUGAUGGCACAUAGUUAUGGCCCACUCAAAAACAUAACCGCUUAAAAACUCCAGAGGUUUCCUUUUAAUAGAAAAAAAUUAAAACUAUUUUUUUUAAAAGACACAAAACAACUGCAGUGCCCUUAUUGUGAAAAUCAUCACUUAAAAUUAUAAUAACAAUAUAAUAAUUAUCUUUUUAUAGGUUCAACUUCAUUUACAACUAACUUGAGUGAACAGAAGUACGUCUCGCUGUCUCUGUGAGUGCAGUCCUGUGUGAGUGAAGAUGAGAGACAAUGUGGAGAAAAAAAAUACUUUUCAUCUUUUAGCUCAACUUUCACAAAGGAAAAGCUUGUCAUGUCAGGUAUAUUGACAGUUCACAGGGGUGUUUAUAUUGUUAGAAGAAGAAAAUUAAAAUGUCAUGCGUCUUUUUUUUUUUCUUAUCUUGAGAAACUGCUAGUUUGUGUAGUACUCAAGUCCUGUCUAUUCCAGUGUGUUUAGAAUCUGCUUUUAUGUCCUCUGAGGAGGCUAAUGUUGGAUUAAACAAACUACAUCAUUGAGUUUUCCUGUUUUAACCUGUAACAAUGCUGUGCUCAUUUUUUCUUUUUAAUAAAACAGUCUUUUGAGUAUGUUUUUAUACAAUUUG